UACAAGCACGGGCAGAAUCGUAAAAUCGUUUUUUACCUUUUUCAACUGCAAAUACCACAAAAAUAAGGCAAAUUAAUAGUUGAACUUGACACUCAGAGACGCAAACAACUCACACACGCGACCCAGAGGGAAGAAAGAUGUCGAAAGUUAAGGUGCUGUAUGACUUUAGUGGCGAGCCAAAUUCGGCGGAACUGAGUGUCGUGGCGGGCGAAAUUUUGGUCGUUACGAAUACGAAUGUGGGCGAGGGUUGGUGGGAAGGCACGAACCAAAAGGGACAACGAGGACUCUUUCCGGCUGCGUAUGUCGAAGCAAUACCGAAUGUGCCUGUGCCCGCAUCGACGCCAUCUGGAGAUAGAUAUGAUCAGCCCGAUCCAUGGGAUGAAGCAGACAGCGAUUUUUCCGACGAAGGCACCGAAUCACAUUACGCCGAAAUUCCUGCCUCGGAUGCCACAUACAGCAAUCAACCACUAGCUUAUCCAACAUCGCAAUUACCUCAACCGCCAGAUCAGGCUGGGCAAGCAAGCGGCGUUCCCGUUCGUCGACCCCCAAAGAUGUUCUCGAAAUCCAGCGACUCGUACAUCUUGGGCACGCAAUCGGUUCCCGUGUCGCCCAACGAACGCGUGCACAUCGUUCAAAGUCAAAUCGGUUUCAUGUGGAAACAAAACCCCGACAACUACUUUGUCACAAUCGCCUCCCCAAAGACUGAGUCAAAGCUGAAGGGCCUCAAGACAUUCACGGCCUACCAAAUGACGCCGUCUCACACGAAUAUCGUCGUUUCGCGUCGCUACAAGCAAUUUGACUGGUUGCACGAACGUCUCGUCGAAAAAUUCAGCCUUAUUCCGAUACCACCGCUGCCCGCGAAACAGGCAAGCGGACGCUUCGAGGAGCAAUUUAUCGAGCAUCGACGUGCCCAGCUGCAGGAAUUCACGAAUUACAUGUGUAACCAUCCGAUAUUGUCGAAUUGCGAGGUGUGGCAGCACUUUAUCACGUGUACCGACGAGAAACGAUGGAAAGCGGGCAAACGAAAAGCGGAAGGCGACACGUUGAAGGGAGCCACAUAUUGCGCGGCAAUUGUCGCACCCGAAAAACAAUUGUUGCAAUCGACGGUCGACAAGGAACUCGAAUGCUUGAAUGCCUUUUCGCACCAAAUGAUGCUCGCGGUAAAGGCGAUCAUGAAUGUGGCGGAUGACCAAACGAAGAAAUUCCAAAUACAACACAAAAAAGAUUUUCAGCGUGUGGGCGAGAGUUUGUCCGAACUGGCAAAGGCAUUGGAUAUCGAUGAGCGACGUUUGUCGACAGACACGAAAUUGUCGCAAGCUGUGGGUCGCACGGCGGCAAUUUACAUCAAUUUGGGGCAAAUGUUCGGGGAACAACCGAAACGCGAUUGGCUGCCAUUCUCCGAUAAAUUUCACAUUUAUCGCGGGAUACUGACAGCCUAUCCAGACAUAUUGGCGGAACACAAAAACGCGAUGCAGAAGAAGAAGGAAUGCGAACGCCUGACGUCGGAGCAGAAAAUGCAUCAGUCGCAGUUGCAGGAAGUGAAUCGCCGCACGGAGGUUAUGUCGUAUGCCGUGAUGGCAGAAAUGAACCAAUUUCGCUUGGAGCGCGAUAGCAAUCUGAAACACACGAUGAACGAAUUUAUCACGGCGCAAAUAGACUUUUAUAAGAAAAUUGUAGAGAAAUUAGAGGAAGCACGCUCGUACUUUCAGUAGAAACGCAGUCGUGGCAGACCAAUCGCUUCAAAAGUGAUCAUUGUGUUAUUAUUAAUUAUAAAAAAAAUUAUCGAACAUUCUGUUACAUUUACACCCAUUUAUUGUUAAAAUAUUUUUUUUUUCUAAGAUAAGUCACAAAAGUUACAAAUUUCCAUCAGUUUUAUGAAUACAUUAAGAACAAUGUACAUUAAUUAAUUAUUUCAAGGUUAUAUUUAACGAUGAGAACUUGCAGGCAUUUCAAACGAUGAUUAGAACGAUAAUAAGACAAAAAAUAACAAUAGAUUAUAUAUAUAUAUUGCUAAAAAUAUAUCUAAAACUAAACUAUAUUUUAUAUAACAGUUUACUCAGCACUCAUAUUUAACUUAUAUGU